AUGGACGCUCCGCUUCCCGGUGGAGAUUCGCCGGCUAGCCCUCAAGGACCGGAUCUUCUCUGGACUCCCGAGAUUGAAGAGGAUAUCGACCAGUGGCGAAGUACCGGCAACUUUCCCUUUACGCAGUUGCAACUUCAAGCUCAUCCCCCGGCUCAAAAUCUUUCCGUUGUCGACUUACGUCUCAUCUACCACGUUUCUUCGAUUUCCGAGCGCAUGCAAUCAACCGGAGUCACCAAAUUUACCAUUUGGACAGAACAGAUACCACUGUUCCUCCACAUCGCUUCAUCCUACGAAUUUGUCAUGCAUUCGAUCUUAGCAUUUUCAGCUACUCACCUUGCCUGGAUUACCGAAUCGCCAGAGACCAACAACAUUGCUUAUCAGCACCGUGGAAUAGCGUUGAAGGGUUUGCAUGAGGCCAUUGGACGGUUUUCAAAAGAAAAUUCAGAUGCGGUUUUGGCUGCUUCAAUUCUUUUGUCAUGGCAGGCUGUAGACUGGCGUGGUUGGGCUUCGCUCAUGCAGGGUACAUCCACUGUCAUUGACGCGAUGCAACCGUGGCGAAACGAAUCCAAUUUUACGGCAUUUAUGGAUGAGCAGGCGACGUUUCCGAAAGCUCCAGCAUCUCCCCACUCUAUGCACUCUGGCGUAUCAGACCGGGCUCAAUUACAGCAACUCGGGGUUCUGGGGCCUCUUUUCGACUCGCUCCAAAGACUUCGGCCUUAUGUGGCGGGCAGAGUAGAGGAGAUGCGUGCUGUAGAUGAUCUGUCCAACUUUAUUUCAACCCUUGGAUCGACCCUGCCCGUAACGAAUGCCGAAGAGCAAUUCCAACUGCUUCAUCCUCUGCGGUCUUGGCUGUUUUGGAUCCCUAUAUCCUUUUUAAAUUGUCCCAAGACCGAUCUCCAAGUGAUGGCCGUGCUUGCACACUUUUAUGCGGCCGCCCUCGCAGUGGAACCGCUUUUCCCUGCCGCUGGCGUAGCGUAUUUUAGUGGCCUCUCCGUAGGACCCAUUGAGGAGAUGCACAAAAUGCUGUACGAAAUGCAGCGAGCUCAGGGCCCGAGCGAAGAUCUUCGGAUCGCUAUGACCUUGAUGGAAUACCCAUAUCAACUAGCCGAAGCUUUUCGAAAUCGAAUGGGCUGGGCACCACACCCGAAUCAUCACCAUCAUCACCAUCAACACCAUGCCCGGCAACAGCCGACUCCUGCGUACACGUCGAUUCCGAAUAGCCCGUAUAUUGUUCACGAUCUUCGUCCAGCAGACUACCUAGGAGGUGGUUACAAUCCCGCCUACAACCAGAGUACCGAGCAUUUGAGCGUGGGCACAGCGUCGUCUCCGCAUCUGGCUCCAAGUCCAGGCUCUUCGUCUCGACCACAUUCUGGGUAUUUCCCUCCGUCUCCGAUGCACACUGCAACGGCAAUUUAUCAGACUGGCACUGGAGCUAGGUAUCAUAGUGGUGGACAGUCUCCGUCGUCAUAUUUUGGCGGGUAUUUGGAAGAACAGCCAGCUCUGGAUUUUCCCACGGCACCGCUCCCUCCCCCCAUGCACAACUAUACUACAGGGUUCGUCGCUCAGCCCCUGUGGACGUGA